AUGUCCCACCCAGUGGGACCUUCCGCUCCGGACUCCCCGGCAGUGGUGGUCACCGCUAACGUGCAGAAAUACGCCAUGAAGAAGAAGAAGAUCCUGAACGCUGAGGAAAGUGAGCUGUACGAGCUGACCCAGGCUGCUGGGAUCACCCUGGAUCAGGAGGUGUUCAAGAUCAUAGUGGACUUGCUGAAAAUGGACGUGGCUCCUCAAGUGGUCUUACAGACUUUGAAGGCCAUGUGCGCCGGGCAAAGGGUCUCCGAAAGCUGUGGCGGGGACGCCUCCUCCGUUUCCCACGGUGGUGGCAUCCCCUCCACCAAGGCUGAGGCCAGAGCUCAACAAGAUGAAGGUUUGAGCUCAGGGAAGAGUGUAAAGGUCCCCGCAGGUGCCCCCACGGCCCUCGGACCCCGAGCCACCAGGGUCAAUGCCAAGAUGGCGGCAUAUGCCGCCCAAGAUGUGGGCAGCGCUCCUCACGCACAAGCCGUGCGAAGCAAAGCGGCGGCGGCGUCAUCGACCGGCACCGACAAGAUGCGCGAGGCCUCUGGCCAGCGGGUGCAGCGGCAGCCGAGCGCCAGCAGAGGGCAGAAGACAAAAAGCUCAGGAAGCAGCAGCUCCUCCUCGCAGAUGUAA